AUGGGAGCCAGUAACGGGAUAACUACCAGCGCGAGUGCUAGUGGCGGCGAUGUUACGACGGCACAACCUGCAACCACCUCUACCUCCACUACCAAUUGUAGCAGCGGCAACAACAAUUCUGGCAACAAUGUCAGUGGUAAUAUUGACCGCAAUGCUGUUGCGUCCUCCAACAAUUCUACCGCAGGGAAUAAUGGUACAAAGGCGAAGCCGGCCGCAUUAUCGGUGAAUACUUCUACAACAGCGAAUGGGGAUGGCGCAAUGGCGGCGGCGACGACGACGACGACGAAUGGGACUAAGGGACGGCGCGAUAGACCCUGUGAUGCUUGUAGGAGACGGAAGAGCCGGUGCGUCAUGAAUGAGGGUGCGGAGAUUUGCGUGCUUUGCCAGUUCCACACCCAGGAGUGUACAUUUGUGCAGAGUCCACAGCCUCGGAAAAGGAGACUUGCUUCGUCCAAUGUGGGCUCGGAGGAUCAGGUUGUUAUAAAGAAACGGUAUUAUCAAGUUUUAGUUUAUUCAUCUUUUUCUAACUUUCCGGAACCCCCUUUAAGUAGGUCUACGGAACCAGAAUCUCCCCAAGAAACCGCUAUCCGGGGAAACAUGCCAGUUGAUGAUUAUGCAAGCCUACGGGGCCCUUCCCUCCUUAAGACAACACUGGGACUACAAGGCCACCGCCACUCCCAGCUGAUAGGACCAACGAGCGAGUACGAGUCGUGUCUGAUAGACCUGUGUCCCUUUGACCGAAAGGACGAGUACAUGUUAUCCUCCGCGGGCGGGUCUUUCAGAAGAGCAUCUGAUGAAAUCACUUUCCUAAUGUUUCCCGACCACCCAACACAGAAUCACGGCGAGAUCUUCGACGACUUGGAUGCGAUAGAGCGAAUCGUGGCCCCGCACGGCCAAUCGCUGAUAAACCUCUACUUCAGGAUCGUGCACCCGUCCUUCCCAAUUCUGCACAAAAAGGUGUUUCUGGAAAAGUACUCGCGAACGCACCGCGAGUUCUCACCGCCACUGCUGGCGGCUGUAUACAUCCUCGCGUUACACUGGUGGUCAUACGAUAGGGACCUGUCCCCACAGAAGAAACCGGAUGUGGCAGCGCUGGAGAAAUUGGCGAGCAAAACCAUCGCAGACGUGAUGCACAGGCCGAAACUAGCCGCUGUGCAGGCUGGUCUCUUGUUAUUGCAGCGGCACUCAGAUUUGAAGGGAGGGUCGUGGGCGCUGACAUGUCAGCUUGUUGCUGUGGGGCAGGAGCUGGGACUUCACUUGAACUGCGAGGGCUGGAAGAUACCGCCUUGGGAACGGGGACUUAGGAAACGGUUGGCGUGGGGCUUAUUUAUGCAGGAUAAGUGGGGGGCGUUGACGCAUGGUCGGCCUUCGCACAUAACUCGGUCGAAUUGGGCAGUGCCUGCGGUAACCGCCGAAGAUUUCCCGGAGAACGCGGCGGACGAGGAUGAUGGAGAGGGAAGCUCGGAGGUGGAGAAGGGAAGGAUGCUGUUCGAGCAGAUGAUCAACCUAAGCGGCAUCAUGGCAGACGUCUUGGAGACAUUUUUCACACUCGAAGCUCAGCAGAGCCUUGCGGGUAGAGGAGGAACUAAUCGCGUGCUCGAAAAGGCGAAACCUAUACAGAUUAGGCUGAAAGAAUGGUUCUCAAAGUUGCCGGAAUGCCUGAGAAUGGAUGCUACCAAGAUUAGAAAGCUAUCUUCCAACGGUUACCUGCACCUCGCGUACUUUGCAACAGAAAUAACCCUGCACAGACAAAUAUUGCGCUCAUUAAGCCCCCCGACGAACACCGAAUCCUACAUCCACCACAUUUGCCGAUCCGCCGCCAAAACCCGAUUGAUAUCGGCAAUGGACUUUGUAAACCGUUUGAAACCCGAACACCUACAAUCAUUCUGGUAUUUUGCUUCGAAAGUGAAUUUCGCCCUUAUCGGCACGUUCGGCUCCCUUCUCUGGGCAACAAGUCCAAACACCCAAGAGGCAGAAUUCUACAAAGCGAGGCUAAGCGAAUACCGCUGGACCCUCCGCGUUUCCUCCCGCGGAGCAGAAUUCAUGGAGUACGCCGUGGGCGUGUUGGACGCUUCAGUCGGGUAUCUGCAGCAGGAACAGUUCCGCAAACGCGGGUUGGGUAACGCCACGCCGGGGUACACCUCGACCGUAGGAGCGGGCGAGAACUUCGGUUUGGGAAUGGGCGUAGGUUUGAACCCACCUUCGUCGUUGUCGGUACCACCGCCGCCGCCGCUUCAGCUACCGCAUCCAGAGCCAACUCUCCCUCCGCAGUGGCGCGGGCCGGAUGUAACACACAAUGAGCGUGAUGGCCACCUAUCUCCUAUAACGGGCUAUGAUAGUGAAGUCGACGACGACGGAGAAAUGACGGAUGGGUCGAGCACAUCUUCGCGAAGAAGGCUAAACAGCAGCUCCGCUUCUCCAAGUAUGAAGGCCUACCAGGGUUUCCCGUUUGUGGAUUCGGGUCCUACUGAUCCCCUCGCGACCAAUGCAUCCACGCCUACGUCUACCACCAGCUCUGCAUUCGACUUCUUCAUGAUUCCAAACGGGAUGCCGGGGGGCCGGAUGCAGGGUGCUGAAGCCGCCGGCGUUACAAGGGGAGAGCUGGAUUUUCUGGCGACGACUGCUGGAUGGAGGAGCAGGCGGGAUGGAGACGAUUGAGGGGGAAGGAAAAAGGCACGGAAGUUCUGUAACGGUUCAUUUUUCUUUUACUUGUAGUAGUAGUUUUUUUGUUUUCCGUUCGUUGUUGCCGGUUCCGUUGUCUUGGUGGGGAAGGGUGAAUGGAAAGAAAACGGGGAAAAGGAAAGGGUGCUUUGGUUAAGUAAGGGAGCAGGCGAAGGAAGCUUCCCACGAGCAUUUCCGCGGAGGAACCCGUUCUCUACAUGGAAUCCCAUACCACACUUUACACCACCACCACCCACCACUACGCACUUGCACUUUUUUGCUAUCGUAUUUCAUCACCAGAUGGAGAUAUUGCGACAGCCAGCACAUGGUACCAUUUAUUCUUAUUAUUACUGCUACCACCACAGCCGCCACAAUCGCCCCCCUUUUCUCUCCCCUCAAGGUUUCUAUUAGGGGCUUGCUCUAGCGGUUCCAGAAAAGCCUUGUUUUUACUCCUCCCUUUCUCCCUUUCUCCCUUCCUUCUUUCCUCCCUUCCUUCUCUCUUUUAUUUUCUUCCACUCUUUCUUUCGUUCAGGGCUUCUCGGGAUCGGCUGGCUUUUUCGCUUUUUUUUUUUUUUACUCGUUCUUUCUCUCCCUCUUUUCAGUAUUAUACUCGUAACCAACCCUGGCAGUUUUAGCGGUCAAAACACUUGAAUUCAUCA